UUGCGCUGUUUUAAUUUUUCGUACAGACAUAUAUAUAUAUACACACACACACGUGUAAUCUCAUGGUAAUGUGGAAGAAAAUUAUCUAUCAAUUGACGUAUACAGGAUUAACCUUAAUUUUCAUCUGUAAAAGAGUACAGAAUUAUAAUUCAAGAUGUCCACCGAUUACAGUAAAGGAUGUCACUUUUAACUUAACCGAAAAUAAAUACAAAUGCCCUUAUGGAAAUUAUUACUUAUUUGGAAAUGAAACGUUAAUAUGCCAAGAGGAUGGAAGUUGGAAAGGUGAAGUGCCGUAUUGUGCUAACUCAAUUUAUGCGGAGAUAUGGAAAGAUGAUCAUGAUAUAACGGAAAGUUUAAACGAAAAUAAAUGCGUAGGAGCCGGUACGGAUGUACCUUGGAAAAUUAAAUUAUUCGAAAAAUCUUUUUCCGCUAUUAGAAUAGUGUUUAAAGCAUACACAAGCUAUAUAGGAUGUCCUAUCGUGUUUCUAUUUGUUAACAACAAUAGACAUGAAGAACGACAUAAGACUAGUUCUGAUCGUAUGGUUACACAAUUUACGUACGAAUUUAAAAACGACAUGACAGGAAAUAUUAAAUUUUACUUAAGUCAAGAUUCGUGGCACAAAUUUCAAGUAUGUGGAAUCUAUAUUUAUUCAAAGUCAAGAGUAAAAUGUCCCAUUGCUCCAAUAAAUCUACCAAAUGGAUAUAUUCUCCUUCAAAUGUUAAUUCGUUAAACUAUGGAGAACACGUGUCAUUUAACUGCAAUGAGGGUUUUCAAAUGAACGGAUAUCGAUAUCUUUAUUGUGGAGUGACAAAUAUAUCCACCCAAAUACCUCAGUGUCAACAAGGGAUCCAAUGCAAAAAUUCUCCGAUGAAUAUAUUAAAUGGUAUGUGGGAAAAUUGGAAUGGCACUAAACGUUACUUUUAUGAACACGAAAUUCGUCUUAUUUGUCAUCCUGGUUAUAAAUUAAGUGCC